AUCCGAAACAAAAAUAGAGAUUUCCUAAUAAUUUUGUUGGUAGGGGAGAGAUACAGAUAGAAAGGGUCAACGGUGCGUUCGUUUCUUCUCAUAUAGCUCUCUCUUAUCAUUCUGUUUUCUUCUUCAUACCUCUUGUACGAGAAUAUAUAUUCAUUCGUUUAAGGUAAAAAAAAAGUAUGCUUUGGUGGAGCUCGAAUUGUCUUUCGUGAGAGAGAAGAUGAGUACCCUUGAGAGGACGAGAGCUGAGCUUGGUCUGGUUGUUGUGUAUUUGAACAAAGCGGAGGCGAGAGACAAGAUUUGUCGAGCUAUUCAAUAUGGUUCUAAGUUCUUGAGUGAUGGUCAACCUGGCACUGCUCAAUCUGUCGACAAGUCCACCAGCUUGGCUCGGAAAGUUUUCCGUCUCUUCAAGUUUGUGAAUGAUCUUCAUGCUCUCAUUAGCCCUGUUCCCAAAGGGACUCCACUCCCUCUUCUUCUGCUCGGAAAGUCUAAAAACGCGUUGCUCUCUACAUUCUUGUUUCUCGAUCAAAUUGUGUGGCUUGGCAGGACUGGGAUUUACAAGGACAAAGAACGCGCUGAGCUUCUUGGACGUAUAUCCCUCUUCUGUUGGAUGGGCUCAUCGGUCUGCACAUCCUUGGUUGAGGUUGGAGAGCUUGGUAGGCUGUCAGCAUCAAUUAAGAAGUUAGAAAAGGAGAUUGGGAAUAAGGAUAAACAUCAGAACGAGCAAUAUCGUGCAAAACUAGAGAAAUCAAAGGAGAGGUCGUUGGCUCUGGUGAAAGCAGGGAUGGAUGUAGUUGUUGCUUUUGGAUUGCUUCAAUUGGCUCCGAAGAAAGUCACUCCACGAGUCACAGGCGCUUUCGGAUUCGCCUCCUCUCUUAUCUCUUGCUACCAGUUAUUGCCGUCACAUGCCAAGUCCAAGACGGUCUGAGAGAAGGGAAAGAUAGAAAAAGUAAUGUAGUUUCACUUCACGCAUGUCCAGGUGUUCCAUAUAUGUAGUCUGGUCAUUUGUAUUUCCCCUGUUUUUGAAGACUUAGUAGUUAGUAGUGUUAAAUUUGUCUCGAUUGGUACGUUUUGUUUGUGUUAGAUGUUGUUAUGGUAUAGCAUGAUGAUAAACGUUUGCAGUCCCUCCGUAGAUUAAUAAUAAUAAUCAACAUUGCGGAA